AACAACUUCACCUCCAAAUAGAGGAGAUGGACCAACCAGCUCAGGAUGGCUUCAGUUAUUUCAAUUGCUUCCUCUUAUUCUCCUCUUUAUAUUUUCCUUUUCUUCAAGUUUUUUUAAUUCACCACAAGAUCAAUAUCCUACAUUUUCCCUUCAAAGACAUCCUCCUUAUACGGAACAGAGGUUCACUCAUUCACUUCAAAUUCCUUAUUUUGUGAAUCCUAAUGACUUUAACAUGCUUGAACAGAAUCCACGAAUAUUGCGCCGAUAUGAGGAAACUGUCGAAACAUCAUAUGUUAAACAAUUGCAGCAACUUUGUAAUUCCGAGAAAAUAUUACAAAAACGAAAACUGAAUGAAGCUUUAGGAUGGUAUUUUAACCUCGAUGAACGGAAACUUGAGGAAGCUAAAGAGAUGAAAAUGCCAAAUUGUGAAAAAUUAAAUGAAUUAGCAGAAAUAGUUGGUCAAGCUCGUAAAGCAUCCAAGUUCUAA